AUAUCCAACCAGAUAGUAACGGGUGUGUACGUUGUAGGCGUCGUAAAGACAUGGCUACACAUGCUGAAAUACAGCUUUUGUAACCUUGAUUGAUCAGCUUCUUCGUUUGAGACAAACCCGAAAGAGCAACAUGCAGGCUGCUAUGGACAUCACGGCAAAGUACUGCCAGAAGGAAAUGGAGGCAUAUGGGUCAUGUGUGGCCUCCAACCCAUCAACAUGGCAGCAAAAGUGUCAUGAACUGAAAAUGAAGGUUGCACAGUGCACGUCAUCUCACCCAGUGAUCCAGAAGAUCAGACAUGACUGUUCCAAGGAGUUUGUGGAGUUUGAGCGCUGUUUGAGAGAAAACCAGGACAAACCUACCUCCUGUUCAUCACAUGUGGCCCGCUUUCUGGGCUGUGCAGAGACAGUGGACCUCAGUGGAGUGGCUGCAAGUCCAGUACCUCAACCAUCAUAGCAUUGAGACCUUUUCUAUCACCUUCAGAUUACACGUGUCCCCACAGCAAAACAAAUGGGCUGGAGACAUCUGAUUUCAUUUGUGUGACUUGAUGUAUGCAUUUGUCCUCAACAAUAAGGUGUAGGGCAUUGCUGCAGCACUGUGAGUUAGAUGGAUCACUGUUAUUAUAUUUAAUUACUGUAUCAUUUUACUUCUCUUGUAAAUGUUUUGUUCAUGUGAAAAUAGCAUUUAUACUUGUCUGUAAGUGCGGAUGCUUGGUUUGUAUUGGUUUUUAUUGAACCUUUUCAUUAAAAUUGACAUCAUACUUGUAUUACUCA